UUGUUGACAUAUCAAUCAAGUGAGAGUGAUUUGGAGUUAUUUUUUAUUUUCGAAACAAAGCGGUAUAUUUAAAACUGUUAGAGGUCCAAUAGUUAAUUCUUGAAACGCCCAAUACGUAAUGUUCCAUAAUAAGCAAAAAUAUGUUCAAUUAUUGUUUUGCUUAAGUUAUGUGAUACUGACCAUAUUUCUUACUGAAAGAACGUUAAGAUCCCAGGACUACCAGAUAUUGCUUGUACUAUCGGCUGCGUACUUACUAAGUUGGGUAGCCGUCCGAUUUGGUCGUAGAAGCAUAAUUAUAAUAGAGUGGUUUUCAUCACGUCACGAGAGCAUUUUUACCUGCGGACAAGUGCCCAUAGGACCCACUAGCCGACGACGACCUGGACCCGUUGACAAUGGACGCCAAGGAGUUCGGAGAGAACCGUAUCAUGGAGUUGAUGUCGAAGGAGUCCGAGUAGGGGGAGGAAGAGAGAGCACGCUUCCGGGAGGCUCGAAUGCUGGCCGCUGCACCCCCUCCCCCUCCAGCACCUGGUCGCGGGCUGUUCAGACGAGAACCUGCAAAAAUUCAAAAAAUGUUGGGUCCGUUUUAUUUAUAAAUAUAUAAAUAAAUCAUUACAACAUGGA